CAUUUGUUGUUCGUUAACAUCUUACGCCUCGCGUCGACCAAGGUUGUUAUUGUUGACGGAGUUGACGCAUCUUGGCAACCCAACUUAUAGUAUACUUGUUCCUCAUUCAGAACUAUGAACACACUGUUAGAAGCUGGUAAUAACUGAGCAGCCAAGCCUUCAUCAUGUGUGUCGAUUGGGAUAUGAUAAUUUUCCAGCCAUAGGCGGGAUGCUGUCCCACCAUUUGGUGCCCAUUUCCCCCCUCCACUGCUCUGCAUUUUUCCAUGGGAUACAUCUCGACACUGCCACUAUUUAAUUGUGAUUAUUAAAAGAAUCUUAUAUUUUCCUAAUAUUCAGGAGACAAAAGAACUUUCAUAAGUGUAUUAAUAAAAAAUUUGGAUUAAAAUAUAAUAAGCCUGUGCACACAUAUACUGUAUGUACGUGUGUAAUGUACUUUGUUCUUGUAAAUCCUUUUUAUACUUUGGUAUUAAGUAGAUAAGCCAAGGAUAUAUGAUAUGUGUACCGUAUUGUUUACUGGAAGGCUCCCACUUUUAUUACCAUUUUGUUGACAUUUGAAUUAAACAAAUUGAAUAAUUGAAUAAAGAAAGGGCAUCUAGGGAGCACAAUACCAUAUGUUUAUUUCACAUCUAAGAUUAUUUUUUGGUUUUACUCUUUGAAGAGCAUUGGUUAUAUGAAGAAGAAAAACCUGUAAGAACUUGGAAAAUAUUUGUUUACAGAAAUAUGAAUAAGUAAAAAUGGAGCUCGAUAACACAAGAGUUUAAGAGUAUUACAUGUACUGAUAAAUUAUACAGUAAUCAAUUUUGUGCAUCAUACAAUUUUUCCCAGGGACUUGCAGCAGCAUCUUCAAUUUAGCUGUGAUAAUUAGUGGAGAUAAUCCUCAGCCUAGUGUUGACACUAAGGAAGUGAUCCAGAGUACCUGCAGAUUUAGCCAAUCAUUAAUAAAUUCCUUCUCUGCCAUGACAGUGUGUUUAGGGAUGGCCAAGUAAUGAAUGUUAUGAUGUUAGUGUUGUUUCCAAAGGUAACUACUGUUGUAUAUUUGUGACCUUUGUUAUAUCUCUUGUGAAUGAGUGAAUGAUACACUUUAAAUAUUAAGCCACCUCAGUUUCCUAUAUCUAAGAUCUUAUAAGUACUGUACCUUUAUAAUAGAGAUCACUAGUGUGUGGAUUAAGCCCCCAUACCCUUUAGUAAAAUGGACAAUGUUUAAUCAUGUGUUCUUUACAUAUGUUUCAUCAGCUCCAUACUUACUGUAAAUGGGUAACUGAUGAAAUAUUUAGUAUAAUGCUUUCCUCAUAUUUGGUCUUUGUGAUUUUUGAAAGUCGUAUGAUAAGCAUAAUUACAAGAACACAUAAUAAGAUUAUCAUUGGUAUGAUUUCAGGAACAGUAAAUAUUUAAGCUUAAAACUUUAAUGUAUAGACAGUUUAGGCUUUAAUGAUUGAUAUAAGAGUUUGUAUUUUUUUUAACUAAUUUGGAACAAAAUUGCAAAAUUAGAAUUGCACUUCUGGACUUAGAUACUGCACUAUUUUGUGUGUUUGUGAUUCAUAACCAUUAAGGUCAAAUAUGUUUGUCAAUUUUGUUUUUGGUUCUAUUUCAAUCUCAAUAAUUUAAAAUAACAACCUCUCUUGAAUUUUUGGUGUUGGACACAUUUUGAGAUGGUAUUGGUGGGUCAUUAUCACAUGGGAGGAGUGCUGGGGAGGGGAAGGUUUGGUUGGGUAUCAAGGGCCACACACCAGGUGGUGGGUUACCAGGUAGCAGUGAAGCACCAGCCAUGGGCAGUGGAUGGAGUUGGAUGUGGAGGGGAAACGGGGCAACACACAGGUUGUCUUCACGUGGAGGAAACACAAUGGCGAGCAGCUUUGGAGAAUGAAGCGGCUCUUCUGGCUCGAAUUUCACAUCCGUCAGUUGUAGCUUUAAUGGAAGUAAUGCGAGGGCCUUCUGGUUUGUAUGUUUGCCUUGAAGACCUUGGUGAUACCACUCUAGCUGCUUUAGUUAUCCAACAUUAUGAGAAGAAGUGCUGUGGCCUUGCCGAACCAAUAGCUGCAAUCAUUUUUAAUCAAGUAGCAGCUGGUUUACAUCAUUUACAUAACCAGGGCAUAUUACAUAGAGAUGUCAAGCCUGAAAACAUCAUGAUUGUGCCAGGAAAGGAGUUAGUAGCACCUGUUGCAAAGCUAAUUGACUUAGGGUUGGCUGCAGCAUGGGAUUCCUCCUCACCCUUGACUACUGCCCAAACUCGUGCAGGCACUGUGUCUUACAUGGCACCAGAGCUUACUUCAUCAGCACAUGAGUAUGGCCCAGAGAUUGAUGUGUUCAGUUUGGGUGCUUCUUUGUAUUUUACCUUAGUAGGAGAAGUUCCCUUUAAUGAAUACACCCGAAAUGGGCGUCGAGGCACUACAGCUUUAUUUGGUCUUCAGUUACAGCACGAGGAUGCUUUGGAUACUUUAACACCUCAGGCAGCUGCUGUACUGCGCGCCAUGCUUCACACAAACCCUGCAAGUAGGUGGACUCUACCUAGAGUAUGUGGUCACAGUUGGUUUUGCAAGCAAAAUUCCAUCUCUAGCAUCUUCAUUGAAUAUCCCGAUUCUCAGAGUGGAAGGAAAGGUACUACUGAUGCUAGAGAUGGUAUGCCUGAUAACAAUAAGCUAGGUAAACUCAGCAGCCAUGUCAAGGGCUUAGAAAAUGAAGUAAGUAGUAUAAGUUGCUGUAAUUUGGAGUUCAAUUACACUAAAAGGUGUGAGUUGAGCGAUGAAUCAAGUGAUGCUGAGAGUACAGGUAGUUGCAAUAACAGUGUUAAUACCAAUGAUGGUAGGAAACAGAGUUUCUGGAUAAAUAUGCAGUGCGUAGGCCAUGUAUCCUCCCUUCUUCAGAAGGACUCAGAAGAUGUGCUUCACCAUUUGGGUCAUGAACCAUGGGGUCCAGUGGGUGGUGUGUAUAAUCUGUUGCUUCGCACCACUCCCACAAAUGGUCAUACUUGUUCAAAGUCAUAUUCAAUUUAAUCUAAGACAUUGUUUCAUUAUACUGGAUGGGAUGCAAUAUUAUUUUUUAUAUACAGUAUCAUGAAUAAAAUUGAUACCAAGGUGUUCUUUAAAAAUAACAGUAGUAAUAGGUUCUGUAUAUGAAAUAUUAUCUGUGAGCAUAUAUACUGUAUCUAACACUGAUAGUAACUAUUAACUGUAAUUACGGUCUUGGUCUUGGAAGAUUCCAUUUACCGGUACUGGUAAUUUAAAAAUUAGUAUAACUAAACAAAUCUGCAUUUGCUUGUUAGUUUUUAUUAAAAAAUUUAAUAAAUAAAUAAGCCCCCUAAAGCUUUAGACAUGAAAUCAGUAUUACCUUUGGUUUUACUUGUAAUGUAAAUGGAGUAGUAAUUUUGUAAUUAUUGUUAUUAAUAUCCAGAAGCAUUGCAAGAGUUUCUGAUGAUAUUAAAGCUUUUGUUGAACUUAUAUGCUUAAGAUGAUUAUACUGUACUGUAUUGUGGCACAAGGCUGUGAUAUUUUUGGGAAAUAGCAUUGUAAACAUUGUUUCUGAAUGUAAACCAUCUCUAAAUUAUAUGAAUGUUAGUAUUUAAAGGAUUUGUUAUUUAUACUCAAUCAUUUAUAUUUAUUUUUUAUUUUUGAAUACAGGUAUUGUAGAAUUUAUUGUAGAAAUUCAGAAUUGCCAUCCAUGUGCUUCAUUUGGAUGGUGUGUUGCAUUACAGGACUGGGUCAUUGUUUGAUGUAUUAUAUGAGUACUUGCUUAUACUGUACAUGUAGACCUAUGCCUGGGUUUUCAAGGCACCAUCUUAGUAUAUCAUCUAAUGAUUUGUUAAUAUGACAGAAAUGGUGCCUGAGCAACUAACCCUACAGUUAGUCACCAACCAAUCAAAUGAUUAGUUAACCCCUCACCAUGAUGCUGUCUUCAUAGAAAGUGAACUUGACCACCAAAGUCACCAUUGAAAACAAUAAAUACUGAGUACUGUACUUCAUGUUACUUGUAGUACAGGUACCUCAACAGGCAUAUGUUAAGCUUCAUAUUGGAUUGAGCUCUAACCACCAUUUUUAAUACCAGCCAGCUUCAUAUUACAGAAGGGGGAGGGAAAGUAUCUGAAACCUAUGACUUUAGGGUCCUUCAUAAAAUUGAAAUUAAAGAUCAAGCCACCAUAUGGCUCAUCCAUCUCAAGCCAGCUAGAAAAUGGAAGGGGAUGAUUUAUACUCAUAAACACUACAACCAUGUGCAAUGCACCCAAGUAGGUCUACAACACUGCUAUACAGACCUUCAGUACUAGAUGUCUGCUGAAAACCGUCUUAGUAUGAUAGAUGCCUAGGCCCUUAAAAUACCUCAUUGAAGGGGCACUGAAAACAAAUACCCUAAAUGUUGUGUUUUGCCUGCACAACCUUGCACCAGGGAAGCUCCAUCCUCAGGUUUGAAUGAAAAUCCAAAGUCUUGAAUGACUGCAUAACUACUAUACAAUGUAAAAAUUACCUAGAUAACCUAAUAAAUAAAUCAAAUCAUUCCCAUAUUCUAACUCAAAAGUAAAGAAGGAAUCUAAAUAAGCUCAGGGUAAAGUAUGAAUUUAGACAUUUUUUCAGAGGGACCAUUCAUAUAGAAAACCUCAGUAACUGCUGUGGUUAGCCAAUUACUUCUAACAUUUCAGUUUGGGGAUAACGCAGCAAAAUCAUUCCCUAUGGCCAAACCAAGGAGAAAGCAUCCAUAUCCAUGGAAUCUUCUGGAGGUAAUAGGCAACACAAAACAGAGGUUUAUGAUCUCCAAUGUUGCAAACAAAUAAAUAGUUGAAUAGAAUUGAGGGAGAAUUCAUAAAAAUGAAUUUGGGUUGAACUUCUAACUAAGUUACAUCACCUCAUUCCUUGUUAAAGCAUUCAAUUUGAUUUUCCAUUUCCUUGUAAAAUGCAUAUCACAUCUGUGUUUGAACUGUAGAGUUCGGAUGUGAGCUGUAGUAAAUGUGGGAAUUUAUCAUGGGGGAAAAUCAUGGAAUAACUUUGCUUUUUCAUACACUAUUGUUGAUACAAUAAAGGGGUGCAGUAGUAGAGUAGAUACAGCACUUGCCUCUGCCUUAGGGGUUGUUGGUUCAAUCCCAGGUCAGUCUUGUAAGUGGGUACAGGGUAUCUAGCUCUAUACUGGGAAAUGAAGGCAAUUGAAUGCAUUGGUGGCCAUUCUGCCUCCUUGUGUACUAAAGGAUUGUUAUAUGCUUUCUUGAUACAUUUGCAAAAAAAAAAAAAAAGCAAUCACCCAGAAUUCUGGAAAUGACACGACUGUCCAAUUAAACAUAAUUGUCAAAGAUGUAUGAAGAUAAACACCUCCUUCACCUAUGAAAAUCUUUUCAGAAGAUCUAUUGCUAAACUAGCAUCUAAUAAUAUUAGCCAGGAGACAGCCAAGCAUAAACCUGAUCCCUGCUUGAUGAGAACUGAAAUGUUCAUAGCCAUAGCAUGUGAAAGUACAGUACACUAAUUUCCCUGUUGCUAGAGAUCUAAUAUGCAAUUAGUUGACUGAAUGAGAGCAAUCAUAGAAGCCAUAUUCCCCUCCCAUAAUAAGCCCAGGUCUCAUAGGAGUGUGACUACUCUUUAACCCUCUCGCACAUGUUGACGUGAUUCUCAUCGUAUUCACGUAAGACCAACUUCAUGGUGAUGCAAAUUGAGUCGCCAAUCUAUAAAAAAAUUCACCUAGAAUUAAGUUUUCAACAGAAUUGCAUCAAAUUUUAAUGCGCCAUAGUAGCAAGUACAUUCUAUCAAACAAACUAAUUGCAACUCUUGGCCCAUAGGAAGGGAGGAGCGGAGCGAUAAAUGCCUAGUAUUAUCUCAGCAUUCAAACCGUGAGUGUGAGCAGCGUCCAUUUAAGUUUCCAUAACUCCGUGUAGGCUGUCUCAACUCCUGGAUUACAGUGCUUAACCAACUCCCUGAAAUAAUUUCUUUUUAGUGAAGUGAUGGUUGUGUAAUGUAAUAUUUUUUUCACAUUUACAGGGAAAGUGUUUACAGUAGUUUUCAAAAGCCAUUACAGUAUCAGGCUAUACAACCUCAUUUAUAGUGACAAUGUCUCAAAAGAAUUCUCUGAAAGACGAUGAUUUUUCUAGACUUACAUCAAUUUGAUCAGUACCGUUCUCUUCAUUAUAGUGUUGGCUACAAGAUACAAUAUAAUUUGUAUCGAUAUAAAACAUACGGACAUAAAUAAUCAAAAAAGAUAUUAAAAAAAAUUACCAUUUGAGAAUCAGUUUUUCCACUAUUUUCUCAAAAACUAUUGGUCUUAUCAAAACUCUGAUUACUGCACUGGAAAGCUCAUAAAAUUUUGCUUCAAGCAGUGUACAGUACAGUACUUAAAAAGUUGGUUCAGGCAAUUUUGAGCUAGGAUGUUAUGAGCGUAUUGGUGUUUUUUUUUUGGUGUUUAUUAGAAGAGACGAAAAAUAGCUAUUUACUUGUAUUAUUAGUACCGGUAUUUUUUUUGGUGGUGGGGGGGCUUAUGUUGCAGAGCAAUUAGUUGCAAAGCCAAAGAUAUAUGGUUUAUACCAAUAAAAACUAUUUUUGGGGGAAGAAAAAUCAUCGUGUGCUGUCACCUGCCAUGGGGGCCAGAGAUGUGAUCUUGGAACUGGAAAACUUAAAACAGAAGCAAUGUUACUCAUAAAAUCUCUCCAGAUUUGGCCAUAUCGCUGAAUGAAGGGAGAAAGAAACAGACAGAUAAAGGUCAAGAGCCAACAAAAUCAAAGGGGGAGAAAACGGUAGUGAUGCAGCAAUAUGUUUCUCCCUGGAUUCUCUAAAUAUGAGCCUCUCGUGUUUCCUACCUUUUUAGUUGUAAACUACUAUAAGUGAAGAUUGCUAUAUCAUAUCAUUCCUAAUCAUUUGAUAUGUUAAUAUCUUGUAGCCAGGUUAGCUGCUCGGCCACCGAUCCCAGGAAAUUAGGGUGUCCCAGUUCACAUGACCUGAGACCUGUACAUUACAUUAUAUGAAUUGUCUAACUGAAAGGCAUAUUGUCGUAAUUAACUUUUGGUUUUAGAAAUAUUUUAUUGACUAAACAUUUUGUCACAUAUUCUGAGAAUAUUUGAAAGGAAAAUAGAACCUAUUACCUUGUUCCUUUUCAUUAUAUAGUAUGUAAUUUUAUACUUAUAUUUCAUUUUUUUUUUUUCCACUUUGUGUAUAUUAUACAGUAUACUGUACUUUAUGUGAUAAUCCUUAUUCUUAAAACAGUUUUAAUUUUGAGUGCAAGCAAGAGGUAACUGCUUCAUUUGAAUGUUAGCCAAACCAACUUCAACAACAAAAGUGUUAAUAGUUGCCAGAGAUAAUCCAAGUGUACACUGGACCCCAGCUUUACGGAAAUUUGCUCUUACUGACAUUGUAAAUCACUACCACUAAAGUCAGGAUACGGAAUGUAAAUUCGCCCUUUUGGAGUUUUACAAAAAAUAUUUAAAAAUUUAAAUCACUAAAUGUAAAAAAGAAAGAAAAAUUACCAAAAUCUGGGAGCGUGUCAGUUACAGUCUGCCUCUGCAUCUAGCUGUUGUUUUUUUCAAGAUUUUUCCGUGUUCUAAACUGUAUUUCCCUUCAAGAUGUCUGCAAUUAGGCUAGCAAAUUCAAAUACAAGUACUACACCUAAACAAGCACAUAAGGAAUUACACUGGAUGUAAAACGAUGUUUGAUUCUGGAGAGAAACUUAGCGCCAUUGCUAAAACUUAUGUAAAAUUAUAAAAUAUCUAAACUAUAAUUAAAAUAUGUUUAGAAAUCUA